AUGAAACAAGGCCAAGGGUUCCUCCUCGUAUUCUCCAUCACCAGCGCGUCGUCACUGAACGAACUAUCGGAACUACGAGAGCAAAUCACCCGCAUCAAGGACGACGAGAAGGUCCCCAUCGUGAUAGUAGGAAAUAAGUCGGAUCUGGAAGAGGACCGUGCGGUGCCUCGUGCUCGCGCUUUUGCCCUUUCGCAGAGCUGGGGCAACGCCCCCUACUAUGAGACCUCGGCCCGCCGACGAGCCAAUGUCAACGAAGUGUUCAUCGACCUCUGCCGACAAAUUAUUCGAAAAGAUCUGCAAGGCAGCUCGUCGAAGAGCAGCGAUAACCAACCGCGCAAACGGGAAGGAACGAACCGAAACGAGAAAAAGAAGGACAGAAGACGUCAACCUCGACGGAGAGGACCGUGCGUGAUCCUCUAG